UCUCGAAACUGACAUACUAGCAUUUAUUGUUUUUUAUUACUUCCCUAAGGUGGCUUUCAAAAGAGACACCAAGUGACAUAUUUUUAGGAGGGCUUUAAAAGUUUGAUGGGGUGGAAGUAAACACUGCUUAUCUCAACUGGCAGCAGAGCCAGGGCCCAGGGACCAGCACUUCUGUGGACUCAGCCUGUUGAGAAGCAGUCCCAGCAAUGAGUUACCGGAACAUCUGUGUGGACAAUGCAACAGUUUGCUCCGGCGCAUCCUGUGUGGUACCUGAGAGCAAUUUCAAUAACAUUCUAAGUGUGGUCCUGAGUACCGUGCUGACCGUCCUGUUGGCCCUGGUGAUGUUCUCCAUGGGAUGCAACGUGGAAGUCAAGAAAUUUCUAGGACACAUAAAGCGGCCGUGGGGCAUCUGUGUUGGCUUCCUCUGUCAGUUUGGAAUCAUGCCCCUCAUGGGAUUCAUUCUGUCAGUGGCCUUUGACGUCCUCCCCGUCCAGGCUGUGGUGGUGCUCAUUAUGGGAUGCUGCCCAGGAGGAACUGCCUCCAAUAUCUUGGCCUAUUGGGUUGACGGCGACAUGGACCUGAGCGUCAGCAUGACCACAUGCUCCACACUGCUUGCCCUUGGAAUGAUGCCGCUGUGCCUCCUUAUCUAUACCAAAAUGUGGGUUGACUCUGGGAGCAUCGUAAUUCCCUAUGAUAACAUAGGUACCUCUCUGGUUGCUCUUGUUGUUCCUGUUUCCAUUGGAAUGUUUGUUAAUCACAAAUGGCCCCAAAAAGCAAAGAUCAUACUUAAAAUUGGGUCCAUCGCGGGCGCCAUCCUCAUAGUGCUCAUAGCUGUGGUUGGAGGCAUACUGUACCAAAGCGCCUGGAUCAUCCAUCCUAAUCUGUGGAUUAUAGGGACAAUAUUUCCUGUGGCAGGUUACACCCUGGGGUUUCUUCUGGCUAGAAUCGCUGGUCAACCCUGGCACAGGUGCCGAACGGUUGCUUUUGAAACGGGGAUGCAGAACACGCAGCUGUGUUCCACCAUCGUUCAGCUCUCCUUCACUCCUGAGGAGCUCAAUGUCGUCUUCACCUUCCCCCUCAUCUACAGCAUUUUCCAGCUCGCCUUUGCCGCAAUAUUUGUAGGAGUUUAUGUGGCAUAUAAGAAAUGUCAUGGGAAAAAUAAGGAAGAACUUCCAGAGAGCAAAGAAAAUGAAACAGAGCCUGAGUCACUGUCUUAUAAGACGAAUGGAGGAUUUCAGUUGGAUGAAAAGUAGAUACCAAACGGACAAAAAAGACAAGUUCUAAAUUACAUUCUUAAACCAUAACUAUAUUUAAUUAUGUUUUGGUAGGAUAACUGGCAAAAAAGAGUUAAAGUAAAAAUUUGAAUUUCAUUUGAAUUCAUGUAUUGGUUUCAAUACCAAGUGACUGGUGGUCCAAUUCUCUAAUGGACAAAUAUUGUUUCAUAUAUAUAUGGUUUAUAUAUGUAUAUAUACUCAUAUACACAUAUUGUCAUUGAAAUAUUCCUCCAAAAUAUUCUUAGACUAAACCUGACAUAGGUAACACUGAGAAUGAGAACACUGUAACACCAAAACUUAAUUCUUACACAGAAUCUCCUAGCCCAGAGAUGAGGACUUGACUUUCUAUAUGUUAAAAUAGAUAUAAUGAAUUAUUAUUAUAGUGGUCAAGAUUUUCUUCAGUAUUUAUGAUUGUAAAAAUUGACAUGAACAUCUUUCACUGACAUUUUAAUCAUUAUUUGAAAACUUUGCAACCUAUUUAUUUAUAUAACUUUGUAAUAUAACAUGGGGAAAUAUCUGACUUCUGUAUUUUUUAAAAAAUUGACUUCUCCAUUGACAGUUCAAAAGCAGAAAUGAGAGGAAAUUAUUACAAAGUGAAUUCAAUAACCAUAUCGAAUGCAGGCUCUUAGCAGGGAUAUUGCACAUCUGUUGCUCUACCUCAGGGGUCCAGUGAUACCCACUAGAUCUUUCAAGGAAAAACAUAAUUCUUUUCAAUGGUUUGUGUUUGGCAAAGAGCUCUUCAAACCUGGGAGAGGAACUUCCUCCAGGUUUUUCUGUGUGCAGCAGGUCCACGUGACUAAUAUGACAGCUAUUCAGUUCACAGGCACCACCCACAGUAAACAUCAUGGUCAGGGAGUUGGCAGGAGGUGCAAAGACAGAAGUAUUGGGAGAAAUACCUUGACUCUAGUGGAAGAAUUAAUUCAAUGGGAGAUAGUAAAAAAUAAAUAGAAAAGCACAAAUAACAGAAACCCGGUUGAAAUGCUUAACUACAGUCAAUUAGAUGUGCAGGAGUAAGUAGUAUAAGAAGAAUCAAGUCCAGGAGUGAUCGGGAAAUGAGUAUUAAGCAGUAUUCAAAACACAGCCAGGAGUAUCUGGUAUAUGGCAGGAGGGGUUUAUGGCUUCCAAGGGGAAGUAGCUGGUCAUAAGAUCAAAUUUAAUUUCGUUUCCCUCAUUCUGCAGCAAUCAGAAUACACAAUCUUAACCACCCAGUCCUUAGAGAUUUUGUUCCAUUGUGCACUGGAUAUUUUCACUGCCUCAUAGAGUCCAUUGUAAAUGUUUUGGCUGAAAGGACUUUUUACAUUUGCAUGUUCUGAAUUCAGAUCCUGCUGGUGUACCAAAGCAUUAU